UAAAGUCUUCCUGGAUGCAUGCAGUAAAUGUGUCUGAUUUGUGAGUGUGUUGUAGUUUUAUUUCUUUUUGCAAAUAAGCAUUGAGUAAUGUUGCUGAUAGAAAACAGUUGAACUGCGCAGAGAGUUCAGCUCAGUCGAAGCAGAAGCGAGGAGAGGGCAGAAAGCGGAGAGAUCGGUCUCGGUUUUAUUAUGCUCGAUUUGAACCGUAUUUUCCAAUCUAACCGGUCGGACUCAUGGUGAAAAGAAAGAAGACGUCGCCUACUAGCGAAGAACACGAAGAUGGCAUGACACUGGGCUCCAGGGAGGCGAUCGGUGUCGAAGGGAGGAGGAAUCCGUCCAGAAAGCCCGAAGGUUGCGACGAGGAGGAGAGCGGAGAGCAGGCGAGCGAGGAGCGCAGUACAAAGGGAGACGACGGAGUGGAAAUUCUUAAUCCAUCAACUACGGGUCUCAGCCCCGGUUCUGCUCCGGUUCUACCGGCCUCUCCGCCGAACCGGACCGGUUUUGACUCGACCCAGCAUUCCCAGUCCUCCGCGGAGCCCGCCCCUCCGUGUCACGACCAGCAUCAUUUUCUCCGAUCAAGCGUCCGACCAGCGAGCAAACGGAUCCGGAAGGAUUCGAUCGGCUCGACCAUCAAUGGACACGGAGGGGCGAAAUCGAAAGGGGCAGAGAAUGGCUCCUCCUCUCAGGGGACAGUGGGACAGUCGGGGCCAGUGGCCGGCUCCACGGGCGGAGUGUCGAAGGCCUCCAAGGGCCAGGGGUCAGCUGAGAAGGAGGAGCAAGCUGGUAACCAGAAGAGGGCCCGUCGGCAGUGGGAGUCUUGGAGCACAGAGGACAAAAACAGCUUCUUUGAGGGCCUCUAUGAGCAUGGGAAGGACUUCGAGGCGAUCCAGAACAACAUUGCAAUGAAGUACAAGAAAAGGGGAAAGCCAGCCAACAUGGUGAAGAACAAGGAGCAGGUUCGCCACUUCUACUACCGGACCUGGCACAAGAUCUCAAAACACAUUGACUUUGCCAACGUGUACUCCAGAGUGCUGAAGAAAUCCUCUCAAGAACUGUACGGCCUCAUCUGCUACGCCGAGCUGCGCAAAAAAGUUGGCGGGUUAAUGGAUGAUAAGAACGUGUCAAAGCUGAACGAACUAAUCCAACAAGGGGCCACCACCGUGCGCUCCAAAGGGAGGAACCUGCGAAUCAAAGCCCCCAUGUGCCGAGCACUGAAGAAACUUUGUGACCCAGACGGAGUGAGUGACGAAGAGGACCAGAAGCCAGUGCGUCUGCCCCUGAAGGUGGCCGUGGAGCUCCAACCGCGCAGCAACCACUCCUGGGCCCGCGUUCAGAGUCUAGCCCACAACCCUCGCCUCAGGAUGGUGGUGGAGCUCCACAGGAAAGUCUCCAGCCUGAUUGAUUAUCUGAAACAGAAGUGGGCAUACCAGGACCAGCGGAUCCUAAAGAGUCUCAUGGAGAGGGAGGCUCUGGAGGUCGGCCCAUCCAGCACAGCAUCUCCCAGCGAAUCCCAGCAGGACGACCUCUUCCUCUACCCCGCUGAGAGCAGCACUUUGACCACACUGCCUGGUGUGGCACGUGUCGUGCACUCCAAGGCCUCCUGCACUGUCCACUGGCUAGAAAGUGGCAAGAGCCGGCCGAAUGCCAAGGAGCUGCCCGCGGCUCAGAUCCUGGGUAUUCACACGGCGCCUUCACUUCGGACUGGCACUAAAUCUGGACGGGGCGGCGCCGCCACCGCCGCCGCCGGUGCUUCAGUGACUGCAUUGUGCGAUAGUCGACGAACUGAGCCCCUUAACCCCGAGCCUUCACAAGACUGCUCUACGAAGGUAGAGGAGAAGAGGCCUCAGUCUGUGUCUGUCCCCGCCUCCUCUCAGCAGACCGCGGCUCUUCGGGAAGAGGGGGCUGGGAUAGGAGCCUUGGAAGGUGGGAAGAUCGGCACUGGUGUGAAGGCCAGUAGUGGUUUAGCAGGGAGCAAAAGCCUCGAGAAGUUGUGCAGUGCCGCAGAAAGCUCCUCGGAGCCGUGUCACGAGGAGCAGAACGCCAGCAGCUCCUCCCCGGAGGCCAACCGGACUCCCCCCGCCAAACCGCCGGUGUCCGGCUCCGAGGAGGGGAUGUCGCAGGGCGCUGCCCCGGCAGCCAGGGAACGGGCUGUGGAGCAGAUCAGAGGGGAGGGCUGGAGCGCACGCGACGCCGAGAACGUCACGCUGGCCGAGCUCUACCUGAUGUUCGGGAAGCCCGGCAAGCUGCAGCUGGAGUACGAGUGGCAGCCCAUCGCAGUUCCUUUCAACAACCAAGAGAACGGACAAGCCCAGCUCAAGCCCCUCAGGACGCAGCACGUGUUGCGCUGCCUGCUCAAGCUGGUUGCCACUGAGGUCAAUCCUAAACCUUUGGCUCCAGAGCUGUGCUCCACUGCUCCAUCCCCACACAAGACCCACCAGGAGGAGCAGAACCAGGCCCUCACGCCUCCAGGGAAGGGUCCCGGAGCAGGUGUGCGCAGCCCCAGCUGUGGCCGGCAGCAGGCCUCCGUCCGCGGGGCCCGGUUCCACCUGCCAACUGCUGGAGUCUCAGGUGGUCGCAACCUCCCCCGCUCUCUGCUGGGGUCGGCGGCGAGCGGCGAGGCCGAAUGCGGCAUGUUCGCGGUGCCCACCACGCUGCCCCCCAACUGCUCGCGGCACAACCGAAUGUUCUCCCCCAACAAGGAAGCCGAGCUCGCCCUCAAACAGCAGCUCGACUCCAUCAGUAUGCAGUCGGAUCUUUUCCUUUCGAGACAGAGAAAACCUCGAAACAGACAACUCCGGAAACCACUCGUAGUUCAGCGAACACUUCUACCACGAACUACAGGAGACACUCCUCAGCAUGUGUGCUCCUUCUCCAUCCUCUCCAACUCCUCUGCCACAGGAACUGGAUCUUUCCGGCCAAUCCACACUCGCCUGGCUCCUUCCUCCCGCCCCCUCCUGUCCAAAGCUUCCCCUGCAGCGUCCAGCUCUGCAGCAGCCAGCCUCUCCAGUGCCAUUGACCUGGCUGCUAAGUCUGCAGGUAUCAUCCCUGGCAGUCCCUGCCGGGAGCUGAACUCUCCCGCUGUUGAUAACGGCGCCCUGCUGCACACCACGCCCAUUGUUGAUGCGGAACCAGACGCUCAACUCCUCCAGCACAAUGUCCCAGAGAAUGGUCACCCUCCAUCGUCUUCUGGAGUGACCGGUGGUAGGGACUCGAUCCUCUCUCCCCCCAGCGUGGCCUCGCUCCUGGACAUCUCUCUCCCCGGCCCCCCCGAAGAGGCUCUAGCCCCCGGAGAACCUCAGAUGCACAUCAGCGACUCCAUCAUCGAGCUCGCCAUCAACUCCGCCCACUAUGGUGAGGAAGCCUCUCUGUCUCCAGCCAAGCUGAGCAACAGCGACGGCUCCAAACUGUUGGCCUCGUCUCCCUCAGUCAGCCCCUCCAGAGGCUGGAUCCCGUCGCCCAGCCACGACCCCCAGUGGUACCCCAGCGACUCGUCUGACUCCACACUGGGAUGCCUCCUCUCCAGCAUGGUCUCUCCUGAUAAGGGCAAGCGGACCACCCUGACCCCCUCUGGCCCCUCCAGCGGCACAGCUUUGCUUGGUCCCAGUCUCCUGGACUGCAACUCCCAUGAUUCCUUUCAGUCCCGUGGCCUUCCUGAUGUGGCAGAGAUGGACUCUCAGCUUGCUUGCAUGAUGAGUGAGAGCAGUGUGGACUACAUCGCACGCUUCAACGACUUGGCCCAGGAGCUGGCUGUGAACGAGCCCUCCAUCCCCCCAUGAGAGGUCCUGGCUCCAGCAACCCACGGGCAUCUUGAAGGGCUCUGUCGAGACUUUUCUCCACGCUAUCCCUUCUACUUUGGAGAAAAGACGCCCGCCCCCCUGCCCCCCCUCCUGUUUGUAAAAGUGCAAUAAUAGCAGUGAACCGUGACCGUUGUUCAAAGCGAGUUCAAAACUCGUUGGUGUCACUGAACUGUUCUUUAAGUGGAAACGCCCUUUAAAAAACGAACACUUUAGAAAAACAAAUGCGUUUACAAAACACAACCUCAUGUACGGGAACAAACUAUGCCAUAUUUGAACAAACAACAUUUUGACUGAUCUGUUAUGUCUCUUCCUGCUCUGUGUGUCCGUCUCCUAUUCGCUGAGAUUAAGCCCACAACAUGUGGAAACCCGCCACAAUGUGCAGGCCAGAUCCAAGUAGCGGCGCCGACGGGAGAUUUUCAAAGUAAUGGCAAAGUUCAAAAAAACUACUGCCCUCCUUUCCAGAUGUUUUUGAUCAGUUUGAGGUUUUAUUGGUUGCAUUUGAGGAACGCAGCAUGCCGUGAUGCGUGUUCGGAAUCAGGUUUGUCAUUUCUCGCCGGUCAAAUGUUACAGGCCAAACGGCAGCUUUGAUUUUUACUACUUCAAUUAAAGUUUGCGCUGAAAUCACAUUGGAGUUAAAUGUGCAGUCGCUUCAUGCGGAUUCUCACUUUUUUAAAGUAUGUUGAGACGAGAAUAGCGAUGCAAUGCUCUUCGGGUCUGUUUGUUGUUGCGUAAACAGGUCGACGUUCAGUUUUGGCAUUUUAAAUAACUUCUAUUGGAGUAUUUCGUUCGACUGCUUUGACAAAUAACAUCGAUCAUUUACUUUAUCUCUCUUGCAAGAAGCGAGUCGAGCUGAUUUCAGGCGACUGAACAGAAAGUUACUCCAUAUUCAUUUUUAUUGACAAACUAAAAUAGAAAAUGUCCGUGGUGUUACACUCCCUUUCAAGCGAACAGGCACAAGUAUGAAAUUAUAUUAAACAAUAAAGCCAUAGUUUUAAGCUUUUUUUUUUUUAAAGUAGUUUUGUAACCUGAUUGGUUGUGUUCAAAACAUUAAUACUUCAUUGACUAGUAAAAACACUCCCCAUGCGGGGAGGUUGGAGGUCAAAAGAUGCUUUAAAGUGCUUUCCCCAUGUAGAUUUGAUGCAAUGUGCUGUUGUGAACAGCAACCACACACCUACCACGUGACGUCCAUACUUAUUACAUCCACAUUUUCUGAAUUUCAAUUAACCAGCAUCAUCAAUAUACAGUAUUGUGAACGUUUUGUCUCGACAACAUGUUUAAUCUUAUCUCGGAGUGUACACUUUAGGAGAGCUCUUGUUAUCAUUCCACAGAUAGGAUUUAAAAUGUUUGUCUCCAAGCACCUUGAGGGCUUUGACGCUACAGUGUAAAAGCUCUUGCGAUGUUUAUUCAUUUGUGAAAAGGCUUCAUCUUCACACACUAGAUACAAUGAAGAUGAUUCUUAAUAAGGAAUAAACAGCAGGUUCAUCUUUGAAUCUGGCAUGUUGAAUUUUUGUUGAAGGAUUUAUUUGUACAAAUGUCAAUAAACUUUACUGCGCUUUUUGUAACAUAACGUAAAUUGUUAUUUGGACUAUUUAUUGUUAACAUUUCAGAAAUAUAAUUUUUUUGUCUAACUUAAUAUUAAGAAAGAAUGAACUGUUUUCAGUUUGUAUAAUGUGUUUUCAUUCUGUGUAUAAAGAUAGUUAUAAAAACCU